ACAGGGGAGAAGCCCUACACAUGCUCUGAGUGUGGGAAAAGCUUUAGGCAGAGCUCAAACCUUACCAAACAUAGGAAAAUCCACACAGGGGAAAGGCCCUUUGAAUGCUGUGAGUGUGGGAAAUGCUUCACUAGCAGCUCAAACCUUUCUCAACAUCAGAGAAUCCACACAGGAGAGAGGCCCUUUGAAUGCCGUGAGUGUGGGAAAUGCUUCACUAGCAGCUCAGACCUUUCUAAACAUCAGAGAAUCCACACAGGGGAGAGGCCCUACGAAUGCCAUGAGUGUGGGAAAAGCUUCACUAGCAGCUCAGACCUUUCUAAACAUCAGAGAAUCCACACAGGGGAGAGGCCCUUUGAAUGCAGUGAGUGUGGGAAAAGCUUCACUCAAAGAUCAGCCCUUUCUAAACAUCAGAGAAUCCACACAGGGGAGAGGCCCUUUGAAUGCUGUGAGUGUGGGAAAAGCUUCACUAGCAGCUCAGACCUUUGUAGACAUCAGAGAAUCCACACAGGGGACAGGCCCUAUGAAUGCACUGAGUGCGGGAAAACCUUCAAUCGCAGUUCGCACCUUAUUAGGCAUCAAACAAUCCACGGAGGAGAGAGGCCCUAUGAAUGCCGUGAGUGUGGAAAAUGCUUCACUAGCAGCUCUACCCUCAGCCAGCAUUCAAGGACGCACAGAGGGCCUUCCGCGAGACCUCUCCGGGCUGCCGAUUCCCCCUCCCUUAUUCGACAUGAGAUAAUCCACACGAAAGAGACACCUUACAAAUGCUGUGAGUGUGGGAAAAGCUUCAAUCGUACCUCAGCCCUUAGUAGGCAUCAAAUCCACACAGAAGAGCGACCCUACGAAUGCUGCAAGUGCGGGAAAAGCUUCACUCAGAGAUCAGCCCUUAUCUCUCAUCAGACAACGCACACGGGAGAGCGACCCUAUGAAUGCUGUGAGUGUGGGAAAAACUUCACCCGAAGCUCAAACCUUACUAGGCAUCAGAGGGUCCACACAGGAGAGAGACCUUAUGAAUGCCGUGAGUGCGGGAAAAGUUUCAGUCACUUCUCCUCCCUUAUCUCUCACCAGAGAGUCCACACAGGAGAGACACCCCAUGAAUGUUGCGAGUGUGGAAAAAGCUUCUCUCGGAGCUCAAACCUUACUAUGCAUCAGAGGAGCCACACAGGAGAGAAACCCUAUGAAUGCAGUGAGUGCGGGAAAAGCUUCUCUCGGAGCUCAACCCUUGUCACACAUUACACAGUCCACACCGGAGAGAAACCCUAUGAGUGCUCUGAGUGCGGGAAAAGCUUCGGGCAGAGCUCUCACCUUAUCGCACAUCAGAGAAACCACACAGGGGAGAAGCCCUAUACGUGCUCUGAGUGCGGGAAAAGCUUCAGGGAGAGCGCUCACCUUAUCAGACAUGAGAGAAUCCACACAGGGGAGACGCCCUACACGUGCUCUGAGUGCGGGAAAAGCUUCAAUCGACGCUCAAACCUUAUCAGACAUCAGAGAAGCCACACAGGGGAGACGCCCUACACAUGUUCUGAGUGCGGGAAAAGCUUCAAUCGGAGCUCAAACCUUAUCAGACAUCAGAGAAUCCAC